AUGGGCGUAGUUUGUUGUAGAGAAGAGCUUUUAGAUCUGGAAGGCGAAGUGGAAUUAUCUCACUUUACCCUUCUGAGAUCAGUUGGUAAAGGUGCGUUUGGCAAGGUGCGAGUUGUUCAACACAAAGGCACCAAACAGUUAUACGCUUUGAAAUACAUCAACAAGACAAAAUGCAUCCAGAUGAGAGCAGUUGAGAACAUUAUAUCAGAGAGACGACUGCUGGAACAAAUCAGCUGCAACUUGAUUGUCAAUAUGAGAUAUGCUUUCCAAGAUGACGAUAAUCUCUUUAUGGUCCUUGAUCUGAUGCUGGGCGGUGAUCUAAGAUUCCAUCUGGAUCGCCUAGGUGUGAUGCCUGAAGAAUAUGUUCGCUUUUACGCUGCUGAAGUGGCUGUAAGCUUACAUUAUCUUCACUCGCUGAAUAUUAUUCACAGAGAUCUCAAACCAGACAACAUUUUACUAGAUGAACAGGGCCAUGCGCAUCUCACUGAUUUCAACAUUGCAACCAUCAUCAACAAUACAAAGCCACUCACAUCAGUGGCAGGCAGUUUUGCUUACAUUGCUCCCGAAGUACUGCAGAAGAGAGGCUACCUCACAUCAGUGGACUGGUGGUCGCUGGGUAUCGUCAUUUACGAACUGCUAUUUGGAAAGAGGCCUUUUCGAGGCAAAUCAAACGAUGCACUGCAACACGCCAUUCUCCAUGAUAACGUGCACUUUCCAGAAAAUCACAAGCUUUCACCUCAAGCAAUUGAUUUCAUCAAGUGUCUACUUACAAGAGACGUCAAAUCUCGCAUUGGUGUUGGAAAACAAGGAUUCCAAAGACUAAUGCGCCAUCCGUGGUUCAACGGCAUUCCAUGGGAGUUGCUUGAACCAAAGCAAGUAGAGCCGCCUUUUGCGCCCGAUAGUAAAAGAGCCAAUUUUGAUCCAACACACGAACUAGAGGAAAUCCUACUCGAAGACAACCCGCUCAAAGUGAAACGACGCAACCCCAAACGUAGUGGAGCAGCUGCAUCAUACGCCACGUCAUUCAAAAGCCAAGCAACCGAUCCAAAUAUACCUGAGCAAAGCCCAGAGCGACAGCUGAUGGAAGAAAAGUUCUUGACGUAUGAUUAUACCAAACCUGAUGAAAAUGAGAAUCGCAAAAAAAUGAUUGAACAAAGACAUUGGGCUCAAAAGAUGAACAAGACAACAGGCGAAAAGCAUGGAUUGCACCCAAAUCAAGGGCAUGGACCCACAAGAAAAGCGGGUGGCACCUACAAAGCAAGUGUGUUGGAUUAUCUCAACCAAAAGCCAGCGACACCACUGUCGGCAGGCGAUAUCCUUAAGUUGGAGGAAUUGGCUAGAACAGCUCGAUCCGGUAGUGCCAAAGACAAGGGAAAUGAAUGGAGACCGCCUUCGGGCUUGAUGGGGAACAGCCCACCUGAUGGAUCUCCCUUGGAUGCAGUUCAGGCUCGGGAUAAUUAUAUAUUGCAGAAUGGUGGUGUUCCUCCUCCAUCUCGACCCCCACCUUUGCUGUGCCAAUAUAACAACAGCACUGAUUUGAACCAACGUAAAAAUAGCACAACUACGGAUAAUACGACACAUACAACAUCAACAACACCUACCAGUACGCAUACGUCAAACCACAAUUCACACAAGGCAUCCCAAGAGUACUCGGAUUAUCAAGCAAGACGAUCCUCAGACGAAAGCUAUCGUCUCGCUUCCUCGCCUGAUAAUAGUGAGUAUCCUCUUAUUGCUUCAGCAGCAGCCUUGAGCAUGGAAUAUCACGACCACCAUCCCACGAAUACGAGCCAUCAUCACUAUUCUCAAUCUGUAGCCACCACAGUGUCAUCCGACAAUCAACACCCACAGCAGCAUAGUCAUCCUCAUCAUACCAAUACUACUACUACUACUACUACUACUACUACUAUUACUACUACUACUCAAAAUAAUAACCCAUAUCCACCUUCUAUUGUAUCCACAGCCAGUUCAAACACGUUGAACGAUGCUUCCAGAUCCAUGGUUACUCUCAAGACAAAUUCAUCAUCCAAUACAACAGUGUCAGCAGCAGCGCCUCGACCACCGCCUGCUCGCAUUUCUAGCAUACCUCGAAUCCACGGUAAUCUACUGCCACCACCUACCAGCUCUUUACCACCUAUUCCAUCUGAAUUGCCACCUUUACCACCCAUACCAAAGAAUUAUAUUUAG